UGAUUUCAAAAUUAUUUAUUAAAUCUAUUUAAAUAAAGGGAAUAAAACAUAACCUCAAUUUUGUGAAAUUGUCAUAUUUGACAUUUAAACGUCAAAUUACAAGUUUUUCCAAUAACCUCAAUCAUAAAUAAAAACAUAAAAAUGCAAGAAAGUAAACGUGCAAAGCUUUCCAAAGCUAUUUUGGAUAUGAAAUUUAUGAAAAAGACCAGAGAUAGAGUAUUGAAAGAGGAGGAAGAUGCAGAAGGACAAGAUAUGUACGCAAAUGAAAUUACGGAUGAGAUGAGAAAAAGUGGAAACAUUAUUUUUGUUGAAACCGGAAUAUUUCAUUGUAAAGAUCUAAUUGAGGGAAGAUUAUCUUUUGGGGGGAUGAACCCUGACGUGGAAAAACUAAUGCAAGAAGGAUAUACAGAAAAAUUAACGGAAGCCAAUUUGAAAAAAGAACAAGAGGUUACCGAUGUUGAAAUGGCUAAGGGAUAUUCUAGCUUAAUUGAUAACAUGGGAAAAAAAUUUCAAAAUAAAAAGAAUAAGAAUUUUAAUGUACAACACAAAAAGAAAAAAUUUAGAAAUAAUUAAGUUGUAAAAUUUUAC